AUGACGCCGGCGUUGAGACAGCAUUAUAUUGAUACUGCCACCCGAGGAAGUAGCUCUAGUACCCAGCAGAUCUCCGAUAUUCAAUCUCAGGCUUCACAGGUCGACAGUCGACAGACGCAACAAGCUGCACAGUCCAAGUCUGCCAGGAAAAGGAAGAGCAGGAGCAGUGCUGAUGCGACUGCGGGCAGAGCGGCGAGGACGGAAGAUGCUCAAGGUAAGACCGUUCCCAUGGCUGACUGCGAUGAAGAGGAGAAGGUGUAA